UUGGACACUUCCACUUGUCCAACAGGGAUGAUGGUGAAAAUUUCUUUUCUGUUUUCUCACUGUAUUUUUCCCAUUUUUUGGGAAAUUAGUGCAUAAAAAUGUAGUUAAAGUCCAAAGUGUUGAGAAAAGUAGAAAAUUCUAAAACACAAGCAGUCUUUUGGGGUGAAAAUUGCAUGGAAAUUUUGUGAGAUUAUUUUGACAGCCACACCAAGCCCCGCAAUGGCUGACUUGAACCAAUUUUCCUAAAUUCCACAGCCUAUUUUUCAUUUUUCCCCACAAAUAAGAAGCAUUUUCACUCCUCCGGGAGUCUCUGCAAGUGCCCCAAAAGCUGAGGAGGGGGAAAGUUUAGUGAAUAAGUGGUGAAAAAGUAAUAAAAAGAAACAAUGUCUGUGUACAACCUGAUUUAUGACAUGAAGAAGAAGAGGCCCCUGAAGAGACCUCGCCUGGGGCCCCCGGAUAUCUAUCCGCAGGAAGCGAAGCAGAAAGAGGAUGAACUCACCUCGUCGAAUGUUAAACAAGGCUUCACACUCCUGCCGCAUAUGGAGGAAUUCGGUACGGCGAGGAAUUACAAUGUUACAGCAAACAAGGUUGGUUCGUACUUCAAUGCAAUCCUGGCCAGGAAGGAGGAGCUCAUGACGCUCCCCGAUUCAGGGCGAAAGAAGCAACAAAUCAAUCCGAAGGAUAACUUUUGGCCAGUUACGGCGAGAACAAAGGCUACCCUUGAUACGUGGUUCAAGGAUCUCGCAGGAACAAAGCCGCUCGUGAGUCUGGCCAAGAAGGCGCCAUCCUUCAAUAAGAAAGAGGAGAUCUUUGCAAUUUUGAGUGAGAAUCAAGUAAGCAUGCAGCGGGCAGCGUGGUUCAUUAAAUUGAGCUCUGCAUACACUGUUGCGGUUUCCGAGGCAAAGAUAAAGAAGCGUCAAAUGCCAGACCCGGCCACUGAAUGGACGGGGACAAUGAUAAAAUUCAUGCGAGAGCUCAUUCCGAAACUUCACGAGCACUACUACCAGGGAGUUUUGCCGGAGAAGCUUCAGAGUAGCUCUGCAAGUAGCUCUACACCUACUUCCUCCGCCUCAUCCACAUCCAUCACAAAUACCGUCCCUACACCCCUCACAAGCCCCGCUUCCAGUAUGCAUAGCCCUGGGAAUCUUGGUUCCACACCCUCAUCAACUCUCUUAGCACCCCCAUCGCCACAAGAUGAGCACAAACUAGCCCUGAAGCAGUGGACCUACUGCAUGCAGCUCAGCAAAUACAUGUACGAGGAGGGAUUGUUGGAUAAGCACGAGUUCCUCAAUUGGAUACUCGAUCUGCUCGAUAAAGUACGUUCCCAGCCCACCGAUGAUGGUCUCCUUAAGCUCUUCCUGCCACUCGCAUUGCAAUACAUGUCAGAUUUCGUGCAAUCUGAGCGUCUCUCUCGACGUCUCGCUUAUCUGGUUUGCAAGAAGAUGGGACACAUGAUCAACAGUGCUGUUGAGAAUAGGCACCUCAUGUCUCAGGAAACAGCUGCAGCCGCAACAGCAGGUAAUGUGAAGACGGAACCAGCAGAAGCACAAAAUACAGAUGCCUCGAAGAAUCCGGAGAAUGCUGAUGCCAAGGAAAAUCUCAAUAAGACAGGAGCAAAGAGUGCACCGGUAAAUGGUGUGCAAUCUACCAAUCCUUACACCUUCUUCAGCGAUUACAUGAAUUGUGCUCAUCACAGGGAUUUAAUUCUUCAGUGGAGUGCAAUAAUUCAGGUGAUCACCAUUGAAUGCCCAACAGCUCUGGUUUGGUGUGGAAUCGGGGAGAAUAGAGCCUCAUCAAUUUUCAUUGGAAGCCCCCUGGAUCACUUACCAAUCUCCCCAUCUUCUCUGCCAAUGCCGCCACGUUUUACACAGGCGAAUGAGGAGAUCCGGAAGCAAUUGCGUGUUGUGGAGGAGAGCAUAAAGAUCCGCUCAAAGCACGCAGAGGCACGCUGGUGCACGGAUAAGUGGCAGUCAGUGACGGGAAAUACAGGGAAUCGUAUUCUAUCCACACUCGAUGCUCUCGAUUCGCACUGCUUCGAUCGCAUGGACACCAAUAACUCCCUCGAGACACUCUACACGAAAAUCUUCCCACCAAACACUGUGACUUCCGCAGGGCCCAAUGGGAGCUCCACGAAGGAUCACACAUCCGGAAGUGAUGGGAAAGAUGCAAAGAUUGAGUAUGAUCCCAAUCAAGAUGCUCCCAUUAUAAAGAUUCUCUGUGAAUGGGCGGUAUCGUGGCAGAGAUGGGGGGAACACAGAGCAAUGGCUGUGGCAUGGCUGCUGGAUAAGAGGCAGACGGAAGUGACGUCGUCAAAUGAGAAUGAAGCUACAAAUGGGAAUUCCGACGAUAAGGAUUCCAUUAGCUCGGGAGCGGGGAUUAAUGGGUCUCCGGUCUUUCAGAAGAUUCUCAUGAACUUCCUGGAUAAUGAUGCUCCAGUGCUGGAGGAGAAUGGAAGCCCACAGAAUCGAUCGCAGUUCACGAAUCUCGUUCAUCUCUUCAGUGAACUCAUUCGGCAUGAUGUCUUUUCUCAUGAUGGCUACAUGUGUACGUUAAUUGCACGUGGAGACCUCACGACAAAGGGAAUUUCCGCCACACAACCUCAUACGAAUGUAAUUCCUCCUGGGCCAAUAUCGAAUCCCACAAAGACAUCCCCAGGAAUGCAUCCAGGGCUCGAUGAGGAUGUCUUUGCGGGGAUUGAGUUCAAGUCGAAGAUUGAGGAAUUUGAUGAUUCAAAUGUGGACGAUGAUUUGGAUAAAUUGCUGCAGCACAUCAAGUCUGAUCAGCAAAACUCCAUGGAUGCUCCGGAUAGCCCCAAAGAUCCCGACAAUUCCACACAAGGGGCAUCACACAUUGGAAUUGGGACGGAUUCAACGGUUUCCCGGCACUUUCUCUACACCAAACACUUCCCACUCAGCCAAGAUGGUGACAUGGCUUCCCAACAUGAUUGCAAUCAACGCUACAUCCUCCUCUUUGGUGUUGGGAAGGAAAGAGAUGAGAAGAAGCAUGCCGUGAAGAAAAUGUCCAAAGAAAUUUGCAAACUCUUCUCGAAAAAAUUCAGCAUUGACGUGGCUGAGGGGGGUAAGGUGAAAAAACAUUCCAGGAGUGAAUUUAACUUUGAAUCAACCACCAAUAAAUGCCAGGCAAUGUCCUACUUUGACCAGCACUUUGUCACUUGGCAGUGUGCUGUGACUGUGCAGGAGAUGCUCAAUAGUUUUGCACUGGGAAACAGCAACUAUCUCCCUGUGCAGGAGCACGUUGCCUUCCUCUUCGACCUCAUGGAGAUGGCAUUUAAUAUCUACGGACUCAUUGAUAUGUGCAUUCAGAUUCUCAAGGAAUUGCCCGAAGUUGAGAGUCAGUUGAUAUCGAAGAAUUCCAUUUUGGUGAGGAACUACACGACCUCAUUGAGUCUCUACGUAGUUGGGGUGCUGCGAAGGUACCACUGCUGCUUACUUUUGUCUCCGGAACAGACUUCGGCGGUAUUUGAGGGGCUCUGCAAGGUGGUAAAACACGUCACAAAUCCCGGAGAUUGUAGUUCAGCCGAGAGAUGCAUCCUGGCGUAUCUCUUUGAUCUCUACAGCUCGUGUUCGUUGCUAAAGACAAAACCCCAACCCACGGAGCCCUUCCACAAUGCCUAUCCGAAGAUAAAACAAGCUCUCUACUCGGCUGUUCAAAUUCAAGCCUCAACACAUCCCUACAAUCCGCAAUUUAUGAUUGAAAUCCUCACACAGCCAAAGCGUGGGGGGAAGAUUGAAGCUGGCUGGGGGAGACCACUCAAUGACUCUGCUGCCAAUCGCUAUAGCUUCGUCUGCAAUGCCAUUCUCGCUGUUGUACGGGAGAAUGACAAUGAUCGGCUAAAUGACAUUGCUGCCACGUGUGCUGAACUAACUGCCUGCUGCAAUGCCCUCAGUGCUGAAUGGCUUGGAGCUCUGGUGGCCCUCUGUGGUUCCAGCAAUGACACAUUCUAUCCGGACAUUGUGUGCCAGGUGGAUGUUCAGAAUUUGAGUAUUCACAAUGCCCUGGCUGUCUUUACGUGCAUCCUUGUGGCACGUCAUUGCUUCUCCCUGGAGAAUUUUGUCGCCAGUGUUGCUCUUCCGGCUCUUGUGGCUAUUUGCAAUGGAACUGGACGCGAUAUGACGCCCGAGGCUGAAGCUGGAGCACGUCUCACGUGUCACCUUCUCCUGAGACUCUUCAAGACAAUUGAAAUUCCCCAACCAGGCCUCUAUUCCGUCAGCACAUCACCCAAUCCCAUCAUUUCUGGACCAGCGUGCAACAUAAAACUGAGCUGUGAUCGUCACUUGUUGGCGGCAGCACAUAAAAAUAUCGCCGUUGGACCUGUAUUGGCCGUUCUCAAAGGAAUCCUCGUGGUUGGCGAUGCAAUGGCGCACAAGGCAUCCUCAGUGCACAGUAGUGGGAAGCGCAGUGGACUCAACACGCCCGUUCAUCCCGGAAGUACUCCCAAAAGUAUGGGAAGUGCUGGAGACUUGAGCCACAUCCUGGGAACAAGUGAAUUUGGACUUUUGGGGAAUUGCGAUGAGCCAAUGCUGGAUUCCUCUCAACAAAAUCACAGCGUUCACAGUGAGAAUGCAUCGAGUUUGUAUGAUUUUGCUCAGCAUGUUCUACGGCAAAUUUGCUCCCAAGAAUGGGUUCUUGAGCGAUGCCUACAGAAUGCGGAAGAACUAUGCCUACCGGGGAUGCUAAUUGACCCAAUGUUGACACCAAAACAAGCUCAAAGACUUCUCCAUAUGAUUUGCUAUGCGGAGAAUGAGUCCAACAUGAAGGCAGAGAUGGAUCAAAAGUCCAUCAUUGUGCGGAUUUUGGAGAAUUUAGAGCAGUGGUCUCUGAGGAUUUCUUGGCUUGAUUUGCAGCUCAUGUUCAAGCAGACCAAUUCGAAUUCAGCUGAACUCACUAAUUGGUUGGAUACGGUGGCAAGGGCGGCCAUUGAUGUUUUCCAAGUUAGUCCUGUGGCGACAAAACAGGAAAAACCUUCAAUUUGGUUGGUGGCACCACUUGUUUCGAAGCUACCGAGUCAGGUUCAGGGAAGAAUCCUGCGUGUGGCUGGACAAGUGCUCGAGAGUACGAAUAUCUUUGGUGCAAAGGGACGUGAUAGCGGCAAUGGGGGCAACAAUGGUGGAGGGAGUUGCAGUAAAAGAAAGGCCACACCGCAAUUGAGCCAUCAACCAUUCUUGGGGCUUGUUUUGACGUGUCUCAAGGGUCAAGAUGAGCAGAAGGAGGGCUUAUUGACUUCCCUGCACACCCAACUGUCGCAAUUCCUUCAGUCCAACAAGGAAAUGGAAAGAAUUGGUGGGAUUGAGGAUCCACAGGGGAGAGAAUCGAUGUUGGAUGCGCUACAACUUCGUUUUUCCCUUGUUGGGGGGAUGUUUGACUCAAUACAGAAGAAUGCCGCCUCCACAACAGACUGGGCAAUCCUCCUUGCUCAAUUAAUCUCUCAAGGUGUCAUUGACUUGACCAACAACUCCGAACUCUUCACCACCGUCGUUGAUAUGUUGGCUACAUUAAUUCACUCAACUCUCGUGUCUGACAGUCAAUCGGAACGCGAUGACACGAAGAAAUCCUACACGAAUCUCAUGAAGAAGCUACGAAAGGAGUUGGGUGACAAGAAUAAUGCCUCAGUGAAGUUUGUCCGGCAACUUUUGCCACUGUCGAAGCAAACUUGCGAAGUGAUUGCAUGCGACUCCGCAAGUAGCCUCACAGAUACGAAGGGCAACAAAAUCAGUGGGUUCGACAGUAUUGACAAGAAGUACGGACUGCGAAUUGCUGAUAAGCAGCGUGUUAGUGUGUGGGAUUUGCUAGAAGGUCACAAGAAUCCAGCACCAUUAUCCUGGGCAUGGUUUGGUGCUGUCAAGAUGGAGCGCAAACCACUGGCGUAUGAAGAUUCACAUCGUUUACUCAAGUACCACACGCAUAGCCUAACGAAGCCAAGUAGCUACUUCCAUGAGCCACUACCUCUACCACCGGAGGACUUGGAGCCACUCCCCGAGAAACCGGUGAGUUUCGGUGACGCCUCUAAGCAGGACACAUUGUUGAAAAUGUUGUCUUUGCAGAAGGAGGAUAUGAAGGCGGACACUCCUUCGUCCGUUGAUCAAUCACCCAGUGCUAUGAUUGGCACAAAUGGACGGGUGAAACCAAAGGGACGUCGACCGAGGAAGCCCAAACCCGGCCCCGCAAAUAUUCCCAUCAAUCAGCCACAGCAACCACAACCACCUCCGCAGCAGCAACAGCAGCAGCAGCAGCAGCAACCGAUGCAAACGCAAAUGCCCAACAACCCAAUGAAUCCCAUGCAAAUGAACAUGGGGAAUCAGAUGAAUCCGGGGAUGCAGCAAUACCAGCAAGCUCCAGGGGGGAUGGGCCAGAAUCCGGGUCAAAUGAUGCCAGGGCCACAGAUGCAGCAGGGCAAUCCAAUGCAAGGUGGGCCCGUGGGGGCUCAGGCGCAGCAGCAACAAAAUCCCGGUGGUAUGGGUUUCGGCGUGGGGGGACCACAAAUGGGCCAGGGUGGUCCACAGCAGCAGCCACAGGGACAACAGCAGGCUCCUCAGCAAUGGGGUGGGUUCAAUCCGAUGCAGCAGCAACAGCAGCAAAUGAUGUACAAUCAACAAGCAAUGGGGCAACAAAUAAAUCGCUUCGAACGACCAAGCAUGACGAACCAAUCGAAGCAGGCUCUAUCGAAUAUGCUGAGGCAGCGACAUCCAUUUAUUGGGGGAAACCAACCAGGAAAUGCGGCUAACUUUAACAUACAGCAGCAGCAACAGCGACAGCAGCAGCAACAACAGCAGCAACAGCAUCAAUUUAUGCGGAACACAUUGCGUGCAAACUUGGGCGCACAAAUGGGUCCAAAUCAGGCGAUGAAUCCCGUGAUGGGGCAGACAAUGAAUCAGCCCAUGGGGCAGAUGGGACAGACAAUGGGUGGGCAAGGAAUGGGUCCGGGUGGGAUGAUGAACCAGCAAUCACAGAUGGGUCAGAAUCCCAUGAGUCAAGCUCAAGCGGCGCCACAGACGAUGAUGGCACAAGGUGGUGCGAUGAUGGCAACUGCAGGGGGUGCAAUGAUGAAUCAGGCAGGUGGUGGAAUGGGCCAGACGAGUGGAAUUGGUCAGGGCCCGAGUGGGAUGAUGCAGCAACAACCGCAGCAAGCUCCGGGUGGGGGUGCAGCUGGUGGUGGGGCACAAAUGGUUGCUCAGGGAAUGGGAGCUGGUGGGAUGCAGACCAUACAGCAGGGGGGAAAUCAGCAGGCAAUGUUCCAGAAUCAGCAGUAUCAGGGAAUGGCGCAGAACUUUGGCGGCUACGGUGGGCAGGGGAUGAAUCAGCAGAAUGCCCCACAAACCAUGAUGGGGAAUUUCAAUCAAAUGACCCCCCAGCGAACAUCACAGGCAGAGUACAUUGCACAGCAGAGAGCACUCCAGCAGAACCGUGGGCAGUACAUGCAGCCCGCACCGAAUGUCACAAUGAACAAUAUGGUGGGUCAGGGAGCAGCACCACCGUAUUCCCGCCAAGGGCAGACAGGUGGUAAACCAACUCAGGCGCAGCAGCAGCAAUUCCAGCAAGCAAAUCAACAGAGAAUUCGUCAACAGAUGAUGAUGCAGCAGCAAGGUAUGGCACAGCAACCAAAUCCUCAAGCUAUGGGGCAAGGACAGGGUCAGGGAAUGGGGCAACAACAGACACCAGCUCUUGUCGCGCAGCUCCAGCGGCAAAUGCCAAAUCAGCAAAAUAUGAUGGGUCAGCAGUAUCCACAUCAACCACCACCAUAUUAGGAUUCUCAUCAGGCAGCUCAGACAGCCCCAGCAGGAAGUACAGCCAUCUCAGUGAGAUUGCGGGGGUAUUAGAGAGUGUCAGGAAUUUACAAAUUCAUUUUAUAUUUAUUAUUCAUUUUAUUUUUUUCAAUACUGUGUAAUCAAACGUAGUAAAAUAUCAUUUUAUCAACGGA